CCGUCAACCUCUACCAUCACUUACAAAGAUGAUCAUAAGUUCAAAACUCCUGCUGUUCCACCACGCCGUCUCAAGGAUCGGCCGCAUGAAGGAAAUGGUUCGCGUAGUAAGCCACGAUCUGCUAUCCCGGCAGCGCUUAUCGGUCGCUUGCCAGACCCACUCGGAGAAAAUCGACGCAUUGCUGAUCCAUCUACUUUGGAUCUAGAAAGUUUAUAUAAAGAAGCUGAUGCAGAGGUGACGAGAGUAAACUUCAAUGGCGAUUUGCUUCUUUUGCCCAGUAUAUUAGUCCAUAGUGAUUAUGUUUUUCGACAAGUUGUUUGUGCGGAGACCUACUACAGCCUUUCUGAGGAAGCAAGGAACCACUUGAGGCAAUUCCUCCCUCCAAUCAAAUCGGUAGCUGAGGAACAACAUGCAUUAUCGUGUGCUUUCACUAAGCGUAUGGACCUAGUUCACGGUAAUCCUAUAGAUCGAGUCCAGUCCAAGUUGAAAAGUGGGUAA